UCGGGCUGGCGUCUCGAUGUCGUUACGCUGCUCGCCGUCAUCGGCGAGUCGUCGAUUGCCGAACACUCGCAGGCCAUCACUGCGAGCAUGAUGUGCCUCUUGCCGCGUAUUAUUCCCGCGCCGCAAGCCCUUCUGAAGGGCACCCGUCCCCUUCGCAUGCCCGAGACCACGGCCAAGAUGUCGGGCGUGCACAGUGGUGUCCACCUUGACACAGUCGGCUUCUUCGCCAAUAUUAUCCAUCCCCUCGAUGAGUUCACGCCCUUCGCGUUCAAGGUCCUGCAUAUAACCCACAAGCACAAGAUCGAGAUGGAUGGAGCCCACGACGCGGAUGAUGGUUGGAUCACCAGAUUAAGCAACAUGGUCAAGGGCAGCAAGGCGAAGGCCAAUUAUGAGCGUAACGGGUCCAAGAUCCCUGCCCCGCCGCCUCACGAUGGCGAGGGACGGACCACGAGCGUCAGGUUUCAUUCCGAUGUCGAGGCUGCGGAGCCUCAGCCGGGAAUUCACAGACGAGCCACCAUGAAAGAGCGCAUGACAAACAUCAUUGCGAACCCUACCGUCAUAACUGAUCAGAAACGGCCUGCCGUUCCCGCCAACUUGUGGUCACCGGUCCAUAUUCUCUCGGUGUUUUCUGUUCUGCUGACAUUUGGCAUCAUUGGCGCCGCCGGUUACUGGCAGGACGGAACGGCUAUUCUCGCCGUGUCACUCGUUGCCCUUGCGAGUUCCGUGGUGGGUGCCGCUUCAUGGUGGUGCCCCAUUCUCAUGCACCGGAGGAACACCAACCAAGUGCCUAAAGGCGAUGUGAUCAUUCGCACCCGGGAGGGGGCCUUCCUCCUCGUCAUAUGCACAGAGGAGGUUGCCCGCGAACUCUACGCCGGUACCGAGGAGUGCGAGUACCGCAUCGGCGCACGCAUGUACCGCGCUCUCAUGGGCUUGGGUACGUUCCUGCUCAUGGUCAGCGUCAUCCUACUUGGCAACUGCACCUGGAAUAGCCAGCUCUUUGUCGGCGCGUCAUAUGUGGUUCUCAACGGCCUGUAUUGGGCCAUGGGCCUACUGCCCAAACGUUUGUUUUGGGACCUGAGCCGGUACGAGUGGAAAGAGGUCACACCAGAUGAUGCUAAGGACACAGAGAGCAAUGCCGCCGAAGAUCCGCUCGAGAACAUUAAGAGCUUCACCCGCACCUUGUGGUUCGCCAUUCGUGAGACGCAGCGUACGUCGUGGGUGGAAAAGAACGGCGCCGCGCCGUCGAGCCCCCAGUGGAGGGCUUGGCUGGCCGAGGCGGAGAAGGCGGCCAAGAACAAUAACAGGAAGUGGCCGGCCGUGGCGAGAAAGAAUGAGAUUAUGAGAAUGAGUGAUGCAGAGCUGGAGACGCUGAAGACGUUUGAGGUACCGUUGGAGAAGGACCCGGCUGAACAGGUGGCGCCGGCGACGGAAGUGCAG